UCCUGAGAGUGGGCCCCGCCGCUGUGGCUACUCCCAGGGCCACGGGGGUGAGGCCGCCGCCCUGCUGGACUGGGGGAUAGAGCACGGAGCCAAAGAGAGUACCCUUGAGCCUCAGGCAAACGAAACCAGGAGACUCGUAGGCACAGGGAACAAACUGGUGGUUGCUGAAGGAGAGGGGGUGGAGGGAGCAGAGGAAAUCGGCGAAGGGAAUUAUGAGGUGCAAACCUCCAAUUAUAAAAUAAAGAAGUCAUGGGAAUGUAAAGUACACAGGGAUAAAAAUAUUAAAAAUAAACAAAUAGUAGAUUAUGCAUGAAGAAAACUACACACGGGGAAUAUAGUCAAUAAUAGUGUAACAACUUUGGAUGGUAACCGGACUUGUUGCAGUGAUUAUUUCAUAACGUAUAAAAAUAUCGAAUCACUGUGUGGUACAGCUGAAACUAACAUAGUAUAGUAUGUCAAGUACAACUUAAUAAAAAAAACCUAAUGGAAUUUGCCCUGCUUUCAGACUUGCUUGAGACCUAAGCCUUCUUUCUCCUUUCCAAUCUCUCCCCGCUAGAAUGCAAUGUCUCUCCAAUGCCUGCCCCACUACACUACUCUGAUAGCAGAUAACUUGUUUGCUUCCACAGGUUCACAAGGGGGAAGGAUCUUUGCCUCGGGAUGAAUCACCUAUACCUAAGGUAGAUGAUAAUGAGAUGAGAUUUUGGACUUCGAGUUGAUGCUGGAAUAGGUUAAGACUUUUGUGGCUGUUGGGAUGAAGUGAUUGAAAUGUACAUGUGAGAAGGACAUGCUAUCUCGGGGUGCGGGGUGCAAAGGGUGAAGAGUUACAGGCUGAGACAAAUUCAUAUGUUGGAGUCCUAACCUGAGCACCUCAGAUUUUUACUGUAUUUGGAAACAGAAUAUUUAAAGUGGCAGUUAAAUUAAAAUGAUGGUAUUAGAGUGGACCCUAAUCCAAUGCAAUUGUAAUCCUUAUAAGAAGGAAAAAUUAAGACAUAGGUGUGCACAGGGGGGAACUCCAUGGGAAGAUACAGGCAGAAGAUGACCAUCUGUAAAUCAUGGAGACGGACUGCAGGAGAACUCAACUCUGCCAACAUCCUGAUCUCAGACUUCUAGCCUUCAAAACUGGGAGAAAAUACAUUUCUGUUAUCUAAGCCACCUCAUCUGUGAUGCUCUGUUACUAGCCAGCCGUUACACCUACGUGCCUGCCAAUACCACUCAGUCUUGACUAAUGUAGCUUUAUAAUAAAGACAUUCAGUAUUGAGCAGAGGUGGUAAGAGUGGUCAUUCUUGCCUUUUUCCUGAUCUUAGGGGGAAACAGUCAGUCUUUCAUCACUGAAUUUGACGCUAAUUGUAGGUUUUUGUUGUUUUUAUUUUUUUAAUGCCUUUUAUAUAAUGGAGGAAAUAUUCUCUAGUCUUAGUUUUCAGAGGGUUUCUAUCAUGAAUGGGCACUGAAGUUUGUCAAAUGCUUCUUCUGCAUCUCUUGAAAUAAUCAGAUGAUUUUUCCCUUUUAUUCUACUUAUGUAGUGGGUUACUCUGAUUUUUGAAUGCUGAACCACCUUACAUUGCUUAGAUAAAACUCACUUGGUUAUGGCAUGUAAUAAUGCUUUUGAAAUCUUGCUGCAUUGGUUCCACAGAUAUUUUUUUGGAGAAUGUUUGAAUUUAUGUUUGUGAUGCCCUUCAAUUCUGGGCACUUUUCUGAAAUUAUUUAAUUUUACCACUGGGUGCAACUACUCACUAAAAUUUUUUUUUAAAUGUAGUUUCCCAUAAUUUUUAGGUAUGCACCUCUGGGGAGGCGUUUCUUUGAAAUAUACUUUCUGGUGCUAAGAAAAUGUCUAAAAGUAUUAUUUUACUUUUUUUUUUUUUUGCAGAAGAGAGUUUAUCAAUUUCUAGUUUGUAUUUCAGUCAUGUGAUAAAAGCUUCAGGAGAUAUAGGAUACUUUUUUAAGUAUGAUUUUUUUUUUAUCUCGCAAUUAUGUGUAAUAUUUACAAUUUGAGACUUCAAAUCACAGAACUUGAGAAGUUUUGGAUAUCAUCUUUUGGCGUUUUACAGAAAUUUACAGCAGAUCUCAUGUACACCUCAUUUUAUUGAAAAGAAUAAUUUAUCAUUUUUUUUCUAAUUUAAGAACCGGGGUAAAUAACAGUGUUGAUGAUCAGUUACCUUCUCUUUUUCUCUGCAGCCUUGCUGAAGUUGUCUCUAAAUAUUUGCUGAGUGUGAGAGCAGAGCAGGAAACCACCUUAUAUAAACACUGUGUUUAAUUCUAUGUAAUAACAACAUUGGUUGAUUUUAUCCGUGGAGAACUUUUUUCUUGCCCUCAAUUUGUGGUCUCUCCUUUGAUUUCUCAGGUCUUGUCCCACCAUCUGUGUCUGGUGUUAAAUCAUGGGGAGGAAGCUGGACCUGUCUGGCCUGACCGAUGAUGAAACAGAGCAUGUUCUCCAGGUGGUCCAGCGAGACUUCAAUCUCCGCAAAAAAGAGGAGGAGCGUCUCAGUGAGAUGAAGCAGAAGCUGGAUGAGGAAGGCAGCAAGUGCAGCAUCCUCUCCAAGCACCAGAAGUUCGUGGAUCACUGCUGUAUGCGCUGCUGCUCGCCCUUCACCUUCCUUGUCAACACCAAGCGCCGGUGUGGGGACUGUAAGUUCAACGUCUGCAAGAGUUGCUGCUCCUACCAGAAGCACGAGAAGGUGUGGAUCUGCUGUGUCUGCCAGCAGGCAAGGGUUCUCAGGACCCAGUCUCUGGAAUGGUUCUACAAUAACGUGAAGAGUCGCUUCAAACGCUUUGGCAGCGCCAAGGUCUUAAAGAACUUGUACAGGAAACAUCGGCUGGAGACCGGGGUCUGCUUUGACAUCGUGGGAGGAAACUUUUUUGAGGCAAACCUGGAGAAUGAAGGAAGUGUUUCAGGCAGUGACUCAACAUUUUACAGGCAGUCAGAAGGACACAGCAUGAUGGACACCUUGGCUGUCGCCCUACGGGUGGCCGAGGAGGCCAUUGAGGAAGCCAUCUCCAAAGCAGAAGCCUACGGGGACAGCCUGGACAAGCAGAAUGAGGCCAGUUACCUGCGGGACCACAAGGAGGAGCUGGCCGAGGAGCUGGCCACAACCAUCCUGCAGAAGAUCAUAAGGAAACAGAAGAGCAAAAGUGAGCAGCGCGUGGAAGACGAGCCGGAGUGGCCGCAGCCCCAGAGCUGCGGGGCGAAGGCAGCUGACGAGGGGACCACAGCCUCCCCGGGGGGGCCCCAAGCUUCCACCACCUUCUGGCGGUCGCAGUCUGCAUUCUCACUCAGCAGAGAAGAUGCCCUGAGGACCCCUUCGCUGGAGGCUGCCUCAAGGCAGCCAAGGGGCCAGCAGCCGAGGGAGGAGGAGGCGUUGCCCAGCUGGAAGAGUGUGGACAGGCUGGACCAGACAAUUGUGGCCCCAGUUCUGCAGAGCCCCGAUGGGAACUGGAUGGCCCUGAAGGAUGGGGCUCUGCCCCCAACCCGCCUGCUGGCCAAACCUAAGAGCGGCACGUUUCAGGCCCUGGAAGCAGCCUCCAGCGUGGCAUCCGCCUAUGAUGAGCUGGGCUCCGACAGCGAGGAGGACUUUGACUGGAGGGAGGCCUUGAGCACGCUGUGCCUGCAGCCCCGGGCUCUGCCCAGGGAACCCCAGACUCAGCCCACACAGGUUCUGGGCUCAGACCAAGGCCCCUCUGCCUCCUCUGGGCCCUCACCCAACCCGGAGGCCAUGUGGUCUGACUCGGAGACCUCCUCGGUGGGCUCAUCCCGGGAAGCUGGGCACCGGGCCAGGCUGUCCUGGUUGCAGAGGAAGGCCCCCCGGAACCCUGCAGCCGAGAAGAUGCGCCUACAAGGAGAGCUGGAUGUGAACUUCAACCUUCAGGCAGCUGGCAGGGAGACCUCAGACAGCAGCGAGCCCGAGGAGGCCCCCCAUGCCGCAGAUCGGAGGGCCCGAAGGUGGAGGAGGGCCCGGGGGGGCUCCGAGGAGCUAAGCAAGGAAUUGCCUUCCCCCAGUGGCCAUCCCCCGGAGCUGGACACACAUCAGGUGUCAGGUGAUUUAUCAGAGACUGACAUCAGCAGUGAGGUUCGGCACCCCCGGGCCGGCACAGACACUGCAGAAGAGAAACGGAGGACCAGGCUGUACGAGCUAGCAAUGAAAAUGAGUGAGAAGGAGACUUCUUCUGGGGAGGAUCAGGAAUCCGAGCCCAAGACCGAGUCUGAGAACCAGAAGGAAAGUCUGUCCUCUGAAGACAACAGCCAGAGUGUCCAGGAAGAGCUGAAGAAGAAGUAUUCUGCUGUUUCUCUCUGCAACAUCUCCACAGAAGUCCUGAAAGUCAUCAACGCCACGGAGGAGUUGAUCGCUGAGUCUGCAGGGCCCUGGGAGUUCCCACCUGUCCCUCCUGACGGAGAGAAGGGGACAUUUCCUCUUGGAACAGACCAAGUGAGACUGGAUGAGCAGCUGACUUCCCUGGAGGAAAAUGUGUACCUGGCGGCAGGCACCGUGUACGGACUCGAAGGCCAGCUGAGUGAGCUAGAGGACGCUGCCCGAUGCAUCCACAGUGGCACAGAUGAGACUGAACUGGCAGAUCUGGAGGACCAGGUGGCCACGGCAGCAGCCCAGGUCCACCACGCUGAGAUCCAGAUUUCUGAUAUUGAGAGCCGGAUUUCAGCCCUGACCCAUGCAGGGUUGAACAUAGCACCCUGUGGGCGCCUCACCAGAAAACGAACCCAGAAGCAAAGGAACCAGGUACAAACCAUAGACACAUCGAGGCAGCAGAGGAGGAAACUGCCUGCUCCGCCCGUGAAAGCUGAAAAAAUUGAGGCAUCUUCAACAACCACCAUUAAAACAUUUAACCGCAACUUCAUUCUCCAAGACUCCUCAACGAACGGGACUAAAGAAAGGAAUAGCACCCCCAAGGAUUUGAUAGAGCCCACCCUGGAGUCUGCUGUGAUGUAUUAGCACCAUGGCACUCUUCUACCAGUGACCCACUGCCUCCGGCCGUACACAACAGUGCCUUGACCCAACAGCCAUCGAAUUACUGUACAGAUUUCCACCUGAGGAGAGGGCCUGGGGAGGCCACAGCGCGCCCCUGCACAGGGCUGUCCUGAUACCUCAGCCGGAAAGCAGACCCAGACUUCAGUAUCAAGGUCUUGCCUACGCUCUGCCUUAGGCUCCCAGGGGAAUCCAAGACAGAAAACCAAGACGCUGGCUUCCAACAGCUGAGCUCCAUGUUCAAAAGAUGCAUCCUUUCCCUGUUCACUUUGCUACUGUGUACUGUCUUUAAGACCUUUUUUUUUUUUUUUACCCUUUUGAUUCAACUAGAAUUACAUGUCAACAAUUUGUCCCAAAAUACAGUGCUGGGGUCAGGAGAUGGUGGAGGGAAGCUUAUUAACAUUUAAGUCAUCAGUUCUCAUUACUCUCUCAUAGGCAUGUCUGUCCUACAAAUGCUUAGGAGAAAAGUGAAACGCCCCUGUAGUGAGCACUGGGGACUGUUUAACUCGGGGAGCCCUCACCUGUCAAAAGUCUCCCUCCAGCCACCUUGUUCCUGCUGGCUUCUCGCCCACCACCCCACCAGUUCCUCCCAUCACUUUACAGUCAGAAGCCACAGGACGGAAAGCUCUCACUCACCCACGCCAUGCCCAGGUCUGUCUGAAACAAUGUCUCAUCAAGAAUUCAGGGCUCUUCCUUGGACUCUCUGAAUCUCCCCGCUCUGAAGGGGAGAGGGGCUUGAGAAAGCCCACCAUUGGCUUAACUUUAGUGCAUUGUCCAGAAUCAGUAAGAUGUGGUUUAGCAAUGACUGCAUCUAAAUGAAGUUUUAGGUAACUGGAUGACUGCGGAAUACAACCACAUAAGGAAAUGCUGUACUCCAAAAUUUACCUCCCAAUAAAUAUUCAGCCGAAGUAGUAAGAUGACCCUAAAGAUAAAAAUGGUUAAGGAAUAGCCUGAGAAAACUCUCAUGUCUGAAUAAAGCAAAGACAAACUCUGAAUUCAACAGACGCAAGAGUUGAAGCUAACUCCCUUGUGUGGUCUCAAACGCAUGACUAUUUAGAGUAUGUUUAUAAAAGCAAAUGGAAUUGGAAUUUCACUCAAUUAACUGAGUAUUAGCAACCUUUUUAAAAAUUUUCUCCUUGUAUAUUUUGAAUCUGAGGAAGAAGGUACAAGAUGGGAAGUAAGGGAAUAGCAUGACUGAUGUUUAUUAAGGGACCGCUCUGAAGGAGGCGAUAGACUUAUCAUUCUAAUCCUUAUAGCAACCCUAUUCAGUAGGUAUCCCCAUUUUUCAGAUGAGGAGACUGAGGGCCAGAGUGAUUAAUUUGCCAAAAUCAGACCGUUAAGCUAAGUAUAAUUUGAAUGCCUGACAAAGCCUCAUUCUGUGUUGUUUUCAACUUCUAUGUUCUUUUGCUGCUGUGCACAUUUCCAGACCUGACUUGCUGCUGAAAUAUGUGUUAUGAUCCAUUCCUGAUGGGGGUCUACCUAUCUUCCAGUAAUAUUCCUUGCUGAUGCUGUGUAUGUGUUAUCCAACAGAAAUGAGUCCUUUGAAAUAAAGUAAAUCUUUGGCUUUUUGUUCUGUUGGUGUGGUUAAAAGCAAACAAAUACACAAUUUAAAAACACAACAAAAAAGAUCUGAGUUCCAAAUAGAGCGUUUUCUUUAAGAGGCAUGAAAAGCAACUACUGUUGUGUUACAGUGUUAAAAUAUUCAGUUUUCCUUGACAAAAAUGUGUACUGUGUAAGCCUUGCAAAAAAAAAGAAGAAGCCUGCUCUAUGGCAUUUGAAUUUUUAUAAGGUUUCCUUGUGCCAAAUAAGUGCAAAGAUUUAAUUUACUAUUAAAAUCCAUAAGCAUAUGUUAUAGUUCCAGAAAAAUUAUUUUGUCAUCAAGUGAUUUUGAUCUUCAGUGUCAAUAUUUAUAUUUAGAUUAAUUUUUAUAAAUGAAAAUAUUUUAAUGGUUUAAGAAAAUGAGGUCAAUAGGACCAUAUCUUUGAUGACUUCUGAAAGUAUGCUUGCCUUCAUGUUAUAUGCACAUUGCCAAGAAUUACUGUCAAGAAAAAUGAUACAGAAGUAAAAGUCAUUUAUGAAAAUAA